AUGAUUCUUUGUCAGAGUAAGUAUGCUGAGGAGAUUAUUCACAGGUCUAAGAUGGAUAAUUUCAAGCCGGUUGUUACCCCAGUCGACACUAAGUUGAAGCUGAGUGCUCACGAUGGUGAGCCUAUACAGGAUCCCUCUCUCUACAGGAGCCUUGUAGGUGCACUACAGUAUCUCACUUUCACAAGACCUAACAUUGCUUAUGUCGUUCAGCAGGUUUUUCCUUUUAUGCAUGCUCCUAGGGAACCUCAUUUCAACGCUCUUAAGCAUAUUAUCAGAUAUAUUAAGGGCACUUUUGAUCAUGGACUUCAUCUGUACCGUUCUGCACCUACGAGACUUACUUCAUACACAGACGCCGAUUAG